AUGAAAAUUUUAUUUGAAAAUUCCGGGCUGUUACAAGAUCAAGGUGGUGACCAUGAUAACUUUGAUUAUGAUGAAUUUCAUUAUGAGAACUUUUCUCAUGAUCACUUUGAUACUUUUGAUGGAGAACAUUAUCAACCACCAGAAGAUGAGAAUGUUGAAGACCAUCAGUCUGAACAUGAAAAGUCUGCUGACAGUGAUGAUCUUAGGCAACAAUCAGAAGAACAAUAUGAUGAACUUGUUGAUGAUGAAAGCAAUGUAUCAGAAGUGGAGGUGGAUAUGACUGACUUUAACCUCAAUCUUGAUAAGGAUUAUGGUUGUGUUCAAAUGGAUGGGUUUCAUAACGGGGUUGGGACAAAUGAUGAACAUGAGGACAUAAAAAUCAUUGACAAUGAUAGAUGGGAUUCUUUAGAUGAAGGGUCAGAAGAUGAAAGGAAAAGAAGAUGUGUUCUUAAAAAUCUAGCUAAGGAGAAAAGAUGUAGUCUUGGCAAUGUCCAUAAGGCCAGUUUUUAUGUUGGGCAAAAGUUUAAAUCAAAGAAAGAAUUGAAAGAAAAAAUUGACAUGCACGCACUAGAAACUAGGAGGAAUUUAUAUUAUAAAAAGAAUGACAAGAUUAGACUUCGGGCAUUGUGUAGAGGUGUAGUCCCUGUCAUCAAUGCAAGUGGGGUGGUUGGCCUUAAUCCCAAAAAUAAAACCAAGGGCAAAGAGGAACAACUUCAAAAGGACUUCGAGGUAGGUAUUUCUAUUGACAAAGUAUUCAGGGCCAAGGCUAUUGCUACUAAGACCGUGGAGGGUGACUAUACGAAACAAUAUGAGAUCUUGAGGGACUAUGUCCUUGAAUUGCAAGCAACCAAUGUUGACACAACUGUCAAGAUUGAUGUUUACAGUGAACAAAACCCAUCAAACCCAACGAGGAGGUUUAAAAGAAUCUACAUUUGCUUAGGUCCCCUGAAAAAAGGUUUUAAGGCUGGCCUCAGGGAUCUUUUGGGUUUCAAUGGUGCGCAUAUGAAAGGACCAUUUCCUGGGCAGGUUCUAACAGCAGUUGGGUUGGACUCUAACAAUGGUAUUUACCCCCUUGCUUAUGCCAUUGUUGAGACAGAGAACAAAAGUAGUUGGGUAUGGUUCUUGCAGUGUUUAGGAGAAGACUUGGAUCUUGGUUCAAACUCUAACUUUACUUUUAUCACAGAUCGACAAAAGGGUUUAAUACCAGCAAUAGCCCAACUAUUCCCAUGUGCUGAGCACAGAUGUGCAACUGCAACCACUAUACCUGAAUUUGAGCAUUGCAUGAAAGAAUUUAGCAACUAUGACAAGGAGGCAUGUGAAUGGCUUAGAAAGAUUCCUCCAAAACACUGGGCAAGAAGCCAUUUUACAGGCAGAGCAAUCUCUGAUAUACUGUUAAACAACCUUUGUGAGGUAUUUAACAGCAAGAUAAUAAAGGGAAGAGAUAAGCCUAUCAUAGGUUGUUUGGAGUAUAUUAGACAAUACCUGAUGAAGAGAAUCUGUCAUGUUAUGAAGGUGAUGGACAAGGCAAAAGGGCCUUUAACACCCACUGCAACAACCAUAUUGGAUAUAAACAAGUUUCAUGCAUCACAUUACAUUGCUAGGUGGAAUGGGGGUGAGAAAUACCAAGUCACUAGGGCAUGGCAAGACCAACAUGUUGUAGAUGUUAGGAACAACACAUGUACUUGCAGGAAGUGGGAGCUAAUAGGCAUCCCAUGUAAACAUGCCAUUGCAACCCUUUAUGAAAUUACCAAGAACUCAGAGGAUGUUGGUGACAUUUACAGGUGGGUCAAAAAGGUAUAUUGGUUGGAUACAUGGAAGAAUGCAUAUUCCUAUAAGGUAGAGCCCAUAAAAGGAAGAAUAAUGUGGCCUAAAAGUUUGUGUCCCACAACACUUAUCCCUCCAAUUCAUCAUAAGCAAAUAGAUAGGCCUACAAAGAAGAGGAAGAAAAGUGAGGAUGAAAAAUUGAGUCAGAGUCAAAGAGGGUGUCAAAGUCAGACUGGUACUCAUGGUGUAAGUCAGGAAGAAGGCUGUAAAGUGGGUCUUGAUGGAGUUCAAAAAUUAACAAGGAAAUAUGUCAGUGUAACAUGUGCAAAAUGCAAAAACAAAGGUCACAACUCAAGGACAUGCAAAGGUCAAGGAGGUGGAAGUUGA